CACCCGCCUGGUUCCUGGUACCAGCACAGCUACAACACUGAAAACAAAUAUUUUAACAAGAGCAUUCAGGCUUCUAAAGUUCUAAAAUCUGUUUUCUUCCUGUGUGUACCCAGGAUUCUGUUGUGUCAAACAGGGCUGGCUCUAGGCACCAGCACUCCAAGCAUGUGCUUGGGGCAGCACUUUCCAAGGGGCGGCACUCCGGUUCCUUUUUUUUGCUUGGGGUGCAAAAAGCCAGGAGCCGGACCUGAGCGGAGUAUUUUAGAUAGGAGUGUUUCCCAAUCUUUGCUGAAAGGCCUUAAAGGAGGAGCAAAAGAUGACGGAGAAUGAAAAAAAAAAAACAGAAAAGGUAAAGAGGAGAUACGAUGGAUACAUAUUACUGAUUUAGCACUGAGAUACCUGACUUUACAUCUUUACUACCACUAUAAUCAGACAGGAAUAUAGGAAUGUGUGACAUUAUACAAGGCUUUUGUUUCACUAGAAUUUUUUCUUCAAAGCCAACCUAUUUUCACUUCCUCAUCGGAAAACUUCAAGCACUCCAGGAUCCUGCUGUUAAUUCUGGAGAGAGGUUUAGGGAUAUCUGGGUUUGACAUUCCAAUAACAAGGAUCUAUAUAUAUCCUAAGCUUGGAGUCAAUGCAUGCACAUAAACCCUAAUGCAUGAUGGAAGUAUUUUUUUAAACUGCUCUAUACCUGUGCAGAAUAAUAGACUCCUGAAUGUCACAAGACCAGAUUAAGGACUGAAUCUUGCAGUUUGCUGAGCACCCUUAUUCUGAUUCAACUUGUGCUUACCUUCUUUUCUGGAUCAGGACCAGAGUGUGCAGCAACUUCCAAGAUGGUCCUCAAAUUUUUCUACGUAUUGCUUUAGAAACUCUACAUUAUAAAUACAGCUUACAACACAGCGAACUGAAUUCAAAAUACCAUACUCCUUGCAUUACUACUACCGUGCGUUAGCAUGGAAAUUACUUGUGCGGGGAUAGUUUUACAUUGUUAGGUCACUGGAUGCCAUUGGCUUUAGCAGCUGUACUGUAGAUAACUCUGGAAAACCAGAAGCUGUGCCAACUAUUUUCAGUUGAGCUACAGACAUAAUAAUAAAGCAACUCACUUAUGAGAAAGAAAAAAAUAAUUAAGAAAUAGAACAGGAAGUGCAUCACUGAUGUUUACAGUAGAUCUCCAUGAGUUUCUAUAUGCUAGUGAAUCUCUGUAGGGAGCCAGGGUGGCCUCCCUCCAAACCAGAGAGUAAAGAGCCACUCUCUCAGCCUGAGUGGGUGGGACCAGGCCAAGCUUACUCCACCCCCCGGAAGGGGAGGGGGUGGAACAGAAAGUACAAAAGGCAGGGCCUUUAGCCCAGCCAGGGCUGCACCAGGGAGGGAGACAGACAUAGACUGCUGGCUGUUCCCUGCAGACCCGAGCCAGGGGAGGCCCUGGACCAGGGGAAACCUGACCUUGAGGAAGGACUCAGGCUACCAGGACUGCUGGCCGCAGAGUACCUCGAGGAACUGGAGGAGCCAGGCAGUGACCCGAACCAGAGCGAGCCUGAUACUGAGGGUGAGCUGGAGCUACCGGCGGCUGAAUAUCCCGAUGAGCUGGAGGAACCAGAGGGACCCACUUGAGAGACCAGGUGGAAGGAAAAUCCUUGUCUUCUACUUUCACUGAAGGUCUGUUGCAUUUCAUCCUACAAAAGAAGGAACGUCUUGCUCCAGAACAAAGUCGCGAUGGCCCAGGUGUUAUAUCUGUUUUAACUGGAAGUCCAGCUGCAUGAAACAAAAAAUUAAACUCAGUAAACGUUGUCUUUACUAAAAUUCAUUAAACUACAUUCUCAACUCUCCAGUUAUUUUAGUAAUGUCUUUGAGGGGAGAGUAAUGUGCUCAGAAAAUUUCAUGGCACCUCAAGUUUAUUUUUAAUGAUCAGAUUAUAUCCGAUGCUGAGUUGCUGGGAUUCACAUAGAGAUGACACAAAUAUUUCUUGCUCCUUCAGAAGUUAAGAAGGGCUAUUUUGUUGCUGUAUGUUUAUUUAUUGAAAGAUGUGUUAACCAGCCAAGCAGACAGCAUGCAUAAAUAAAAUAAAAUAAAAUAAAUAACCUGGCUGGAUAAUUUACUUGUGUGCCCACUGUCAACAGUGGUCACACUGGGUAUAGGAACACCAACCUAGAAUUAAGGGGUCCCAAAUAUGAAAGUCAGAGAAUUGUUGCAAAAACCUACAUUGUCUUUGCAAUAGGUUUUGUGAUUCCUUUGAACUCUAUAACUGUGCAGUUAGCCCAGAUGCUACAAACCAUUAAUAGGGCCUGUGGUAAACUUACAAGAUAUGUAUGGCAUUUGGGACUCCUUAUUUGAGAGCUUGGUGCAAAACAGGCAUAACUCUAUUAAUGUCACUGGAAUUGUGUCUCCUUACACCAAGGCUGAAUCUGGCCCUCAGAGUUCCUGGCAUCCAGACUUCAAAAUAAUACAUGGGCCAAGAUCCUGAUAAUGUGAGAUGUUAACAGUAUAUAUGGUGUUUAAAUGUUUUCCAGUGCAUACUGUUAAUGGCUACCCCAGGAAUUUGGAAACUUGACACUUCACAAAAAAAGCAAAUUAUGAGCUCAUACUUUGUCAUGUUUUUAUAUAUAAAUGUGGCAUUAAAGUGGUAUAUGAUGUACAUAGUAUCAGAUACAUUUAAAUGAUUUCAAAAUCUCUCUCUCUCUCUCUCUCUCUCUAAAUACUCAGGAUAUAUGAUACUUUCAAUGGAUCAGCAUGUUCCUGCAAACAUUUAAGCAUAUGAAUAUCUUUGUGCCUCACAAAAAUAAUUGGCCUUGAUCCUGCAAUCACAGAAGUUAUUUAUACAUGUGCUUGCGAGGAACAUAGACUUACUUGGUCAAAUUUUCGUAAGUGGCUUCUAAAUUUACAGCUGCAAUUUUGUGUGUGCAAAGCACCACAACUGAACAGACAAAGAUAAUUUGCACACGAGGGAUCCUAUUAAUUUCCCAUCGUCAGAAACCACCCUAAUGAACUUGCAUGUGUUGCAAAGAGACUAGAUCACCACUUUAAAUAGGAAAAUUUGCUUAAUAAAACAACUUUCUUAAAAGUUAACCAGAUCACAACAUUUUAAAGCAAAAUGGUCACCUGGUUAUAAAACUACUUAUCCCAAAAAGCCAUAGGCCUAGGGUCAGAGUUCACACUACUCUGCCAAGUGCAAGAAGCUGCAGCUUCCUGCCAUUCUUCCAUUACAAGGAUUUCCAAUCUACAAAAGAGGACAGCCAGGGUUAGUAGUAGCUUCCUAACUCACUGGCCAUAUUGCUGUAUAAAACAAACACAAAGUUCACUAGCUACCACUAAAUUCAGGUACCUUUAACUGUAUAAAAAUCAUAUAUUAUCUGACUAUACUAUCUAAGCUGGAUAAAUGUUAUUUGUAUUGUCAGUUUCUUUCUCUUCCCAAGAAACACGUCACUCCAAAGGUCACAAGUCCUUUCAAAAAGAUAUAGAAAUUUUGAAACAUCCCUUACUCCCUGCCACAGAGUUGUUUCAGGAUUACUCCAGAAUACAUUCCCACUCAAAAAGGGCUUCCAGUCAACAAGGAACAAACGAGUCAUCCACACUGUUUAAUUACAUGAACCCAGCCUCAUACACGGGUGCUUCUUCAGUAGGACAAAGGGUGUGUUCUUACUUCCAGUUAACUAAUAAGAGGUAAAAUCCUAGUAAAGACAAUGUAGUUUGUAGUUUUCACGUGAGUUGGCAGGUUCAAGUGAACUCUAGUUUCUACCAUAGUGUUCAACUCGACCUGCUAACUCACGUGAUAACUACAGACUGCCUUGUCUUCUUUAGGAUUUUACCUCAUGUUAGUUAACUGAAGUUUACCAACAUGUGGUAAAAACACAUUGUUUUUCUUAGCAAAAACAAGGCCUUAAUGGCAAUGAAUUCAUUUCCUUGAAUAUGCAUUUCUUCCCUUUUCUGGGCAGUUAUUGGAUGCUACAGUUUAAGCUGGCAUUUAGACCACGAACAAGUUGGUUAAAGGCCCCUGUACCUAACAGAUAAUGUGAAUAGAUUAAGAAAAGGAAAAUCUUAGGCUGAAUAUCAUCAAGAUCAUGCUGACUGCAAGAUCUGUUUUAAUGAGGAUUGAUGCUAACAGCUUCCCAAUCACCACAUCCCCCCCCAAACCCUUUGAGAGGUCUGUCACAAAGAUUAAUAAUGACCUGAAUCAUAGAAUUGUAGGACUGGAAGGGACCUCAAGAGGUCAUCUAGUCCAGUCCCCUGCACUCAUGGUAGGACUAAGUAUUAUCUAGACCAUCCCUCACAGGUGUUUGUCUAACCUGUUCUUACAAAUCUCCAAUGACUGAGAUUCUACCACCUCUCUAGGCAAUUUAUUCCAGUGCUUAACCACUCUGACAGUUCGGAAGUUUUUCGUAAUGUCCAAUCUAAAUCACCCUUGCUGCAAUUUAAGUCCAUUGCUUCUUGUCCUAUCCUCAGAGAUUAAGAAGAACAUUUUUUCUCCCUCCUCCUUGUAAUGACCUUUUAUGUACUUGAAAACUGUUAUCAUGUCCCUUCUAAGUCUUCUCUUCUCCAGACAAAACAAACCCAAUUUUUUCAAUCUUCCUUCAUAGGUCAUGUUUUUCUAGACCUUUCAUCAUUUUUGUUGCUCUUCUCUGGAUUUUCUCCAAUUUGUCCACAUCUUUCCUGAAAUGUGGUGCCCAGAACUGGACACAAUACUCCAGUUGAGGCCUAAUCAGCAUGGAGUAGAGCAGAAAAAUUACUUCUUGUGUCUUGCCUACAACACUCCUGCUAAUACAUCCCAGAAUUAUGUUUGCUUUUUUUUUUUUUUUGCAACAGUGUUACACAGUUGACUCAUUAUUUAGCUUGUGAUCCACUAUGAACUCGAGAUCCCUUUCUACAAUACUCCUUUCUACAAUACUCAGUCAUUUCCCAUUUUGUUGCAAUGCUUGCAGAAGAAUGGUCUUGUAGUUAAAACAACAGGAAAGGAAGUCUGGAGAUCUAGGCCUGGUCUACACUAGGAGGUUAUGUCAAAUUUAGCAGCGUUAAUUCGAAUUAACCCUGCACCCGUCCACACAACGAAGCUAUUUAUUUCGACAGAGGUCUCUUUAAAUCGAUUUCUGUACUCCUCCCCGACGAGGGGAAUAGCGCUGAAUUCAACAUGGCCAUGUCGAAUUAGGGUUAGUGUGGACGGAAUUCGAUGCUAAUAGCUCUGGGAGCUAUCCCACAGUGCACCACGCUGUUGACCCUCCGGACAGCAGUCCGAGCUCGGAUGCUCUGACCAGCCACACAGGAAAAGCCCCGGGAAAAUUUGAAUUCCCUUUCCUGUCUGGCCAGUUUGAAUCUCAUUUCCUGUUUGGACAUCGUGGGGAGCUCAGCAGCACUGGCAACAAUACAGAGCUCUCCAGCAGAGGUGACCAUGCAAUCGCUGAAUAGAAAGAGGGCCCCAGCAUGGACUGAUCGGGAAGUCUUGGAUCUGAUCGCUGUGUGGGGCGAUGAGUCCGUGCUUUCGGAGCUGUGAUCGAAAAGACGGAAUGCGAAGAUCUACGAGAAGAUCUCAAAAGCCAUGACGGAGAGAGGAUACAGCUGGGAUGCAAUGCAGUGCCACGUGAAAAUCAAGGAGCUGAGACAAGCGUACCAGAAGACCAAUGAGUCAAACGGAUGCUCCGGAUCCCAGCCCCAGACAUGCCGUUUCUACGAGGCACUGCAUUCCAUUCUAGGUGCGGCCGCCACCACUACCCCUCCACUGUCCGUGGACUCUGACGAUAGGGUAUUGUCGAUGGCCACUUCCUCUGAGCUGUUCGCGGACGGGGAAGAUGAGGAAGGAGAGGAGGAGGAGGAGGCAGUCGACAGCGCUUUCAACGCUGAUUUCCCCAACAGCCAGGAUCUCUUCAUCACUCUCACAGAGAUUCCCAACCAACUCUCCCAAGGCGGUAACCCGGACCGUGAAUCAGGGGAAACAUCAGUAGCUGUGAGCGUCUCCCGAGCUACCCCGGCAUCCCCCUCCCAGAGGGUGGCGCAGAUCAGGCGGCGAAAGAAGAGGACACGGGACAAGAUGUUCUCAGAACUUAUGGGCUGUUCCCGAGCCGAGGCAGCACAGCAGACCCAGUGGAGGAAGAACAUGUCGCAAUACCUGCGAUCACACAGCGAAAGAGAGGACAGGUGGUGGCAGGAAGACCAGCAGGCGACUCAAACGCUGCUUGGACUAAUGAGGGAGCAAACGGACACACUCUGGCGCCUUGUAGAUGUUCUAUAGGACCGGAGGCAGGAGGACAGAGCCCCCCUGCAUUCUAUCUCUAACCGCCCUCCCCCGCCACAAAGUCCCAUCCCCCCCUCACCCAAAAUACCAAGAAGGAGGGGCAGCAGGUGCCGUGAAAACAGUCACUCCACCCCUGCAGACUGCUCAAAUUGCAGAAAGCUCUCAUUCCCAAAGAUUUGAUACAUCCUUUCCUUCCCUCCAAAUGCACAUCACCCAAGCCCCCGUCCCAGUUUCAUCCCCUGUGUAGUUCUUAAUAAAAAAUAAAUUUCUGUUAAUUACUGUUUCCCUCAUGUUCUUUUAGAGGACAGUGUGUUUGAAGGGGGGAAAGGAGGUUGGUAAUUGG